AUGACGCUGGGCGCACCCAUCUUCCUGGAACUCCAACUCGUUUUGCAAUACCGGAACAUGGUCGGCUUACGAAAUGGACUCGACGAAUAUAGGACAUGGCAUGGCCCCAUGGAUAAUAGCACGGGAUUGGCGCGGUCCAUUUCCGACGCGGUUAGCGGAGCGGAGCCUCGCGAAUCCCGUAGACCAGGGGGCCAUGUGCUUUUUGGUAAAUGGCAAAUAACUACGACCUUGAAUCAGCUGAACAGCGACUGGACUCAGAUGCGGCCCGCUCUCGCAAGGCUCCCGUUGCGUGAUGCCGCCGGAGAAGUCAACCUCGAAAUUGUCCAAAGUUUGCAGUAUGACGCAGAUGUUAUGGUGGCCCUGGCCGGCGAAGUAGACAAGCCUCGAUACUGGUCGCCGCGAGGAGAAAAUGUCGAAAUCGCCCCGUCGUUCGGAAGGGUCUCAGAAGUGGAAAGGUAUUCCACGGCUCCCAUGCCCCUCUCUGCCUGA